AUGGCACAUCUCCCCUCUCCCCGCGCUGCAGCUCCUAUCGCCACCUCCAACACCAUCUUCGAGCUGGGCUUUGAGCGGCCGCUGAAGAAGCAGAACAAGGAGCAGGUGCCCCCCGCUGCCGCGCCUCCCCCCCCCCCCCGCCGGCACCACGCGCCCAAGAGCACCAGAAAGCCCUCGGGCAACGACACCAGCACCAAACCCGGCAAGUGCCGCUCGCUGGAGGAAGCCCUGAGAGCUCUCGACCUGGCAGAUUUGCAGAAGGAGCUGGAUAAAAGCCAGAGUGUGUUUCCUGAGAACCCCUCUGUCUGGGUGAAGGACCUGGCCGGGUACCUCAACUGCAAGCUGCAGGCACCCCAGAGUGACCCUCUGCUCAGUCAGCACCCCCACGACUACCCGUACUGCCUGGUGAGCAAACCCCUGCGGAACAUCAUCCGAUCCCUGCUGGGGAGGGCGGCCGGCGUGCUGGACCUCUUCUUUGACCACUGUAUCUACACCAUGCUGCAGGAGCUGGACAAGACCCCAAGGGAGUCCUUGCACGGGUACAGGAUCUGCAUCCAGGCGCUGCUGCUGGACAGGCCACGGAUCGCCACCAUGAACCUGGGCAAGUACCUGGAGGUGCUGCGGUCCCAUCAGAACAGGCCAGCCAAGUGCCUGACAGUGCUGUGGGCGCUGGGACAGGCCGGCUUUGCUGACCUCCAUGAAGGCCUGAAAGUGUGGCUCGGUGUCAUGUUCCCAGUGCUCGGCAUCAAGGCUCUCUCCCCGUACGCCGUGGCCUACCUGGACCGGCUGCUGAUGAUGCACCCCAACCUGACCAAAGGCUUCGGCAUGAUCGGACCCAAGGACUUCUUCCCCCUUCUGGACUUCGCCUUCAUGCCCAACAACUCACUGCCCCCCAGCCUGCAGGAGCAGCUGCGGCAGCUCUACCCACGCCUGAAGGUGCUGGCGUUCGGUGCGAGGCCCGAGACCUCUCUGCACACCUACUUCCCUUCCUUCCUCUCCCGCGCCACGCCGAGCUGCCCCCCCAGCAUGAAGAAAGAGCUCCUGACCUCCAUGAGCCAGUGCCUGAGCCUGGAUCCAUUGAGCUUCAGUGUCUGGAGGCAACUCUACACCAAGCACCUCUCCCAGACCAGUUUGCUUCUGAACCAUCUGCUGGAGUCCUGGGACAGCAGCAGCAAGAAGGUGCACCAGGCUCUGCAGGAGACGGUUCGCUCAUUCAAGGUGACAAACGAGGAGCUGGUGGCGCGGGGGCUUGGUGGUGACCAGGACCUGGCUGCCUGCGAUGCUGCCUGCAAGGAGCUGCUGCGCAGGAUGAAGGGGCAGAGCUUCCCCUGGUCACGGCUGCUCCUCAUCCUCCUGGUCUUCGGUGCUGGUUUCCUCCUGCAUGACGUGCGGACACACGGCUCCUUCCAGGCCUCCUCCUCCGCUCGCCUGCUCCGUUCUUCUGGUAUCCUGCCAGCCUGGCAGCAGGCCUGGCAGAGGGCCUCCAGCUGCUGCCUCGAAGGGUACAGGUGGCUGGCGCGGACUCUCCCGGUUUAUGGCUCCCAGGCUGCUGCUGUCCUGCAGCCAUGGCUGGAGCAGCUCUGGGUGCUGAGUGCUGCGGUGGCCCGGCACAUGUCCGAGUGUUGCUCCUCUCUGGUCUCCUGGCUCCACCACAGCCUGCCCUGGCUUGCUGAGUGGCUCCAGUCCAAGCUCCCCGAGUCCCUGCUGCACUUGGCCCAGUGUGUCCGGGAGCUGCUGCUGUUCCUGGUGCAGAGCUGCCACCUGGCUGGCUUCACCUAUUCCUCCUGGGUCUACCUGCAAAACACAACCAUCACCAUCACAAACUGGGCCCUGGCCAUGAUUUCUGGACACUGA